AUGGAGAACCAAACUGCAGUGACAGAGUUUAUCCUUCUGGGCUUCACAGAUGUUCGCUGGCUGCAGAUCCUGCUCUUCGUUUUGUUCCUCAUCGCCUAUGUCUUGACCUUAGCUGGAAACAUUCUCAUUAUCUCCAUCACUCUGGUGGACCGGCGCCUCCACACGCCCAUGUAUUUUUUCCUCAGGAAUUUCUCGCUUUUGGAGAUCAGCUUCACCUUGGCCUCGAUCCCAAAAGUUUUGUUCAACCUGGCAUCCGGUCAUCAGUCCAUAUCUGUGGCUGGGUGCUUUGCACAAUGUUUAUUUUAUCUCACUGUGGGCACUGCUGAGUUUUGCCUGCUGGCGGCCAUGUCCUUUGACCGAUACAUGGCCAUCUGCAACCCCCUGCAAUACACAUCCAUCAUGAACAGUCACUUCUGUAACUGGCUGGUGCUGGGCUCUUGGCUUAUUGGUUUCGGGUAUGUGUUCGUCCCACUUGUUCUAUUGUUCCGGUUGCCAUUCUGUGGCCCCAACAUCAUUAACCAUUUCUUCUGUGACAACUUUGAAUUGCUUAAACUUGCCUGCACAGACACCUGACUCCUAGGACUCCUGGAUUUCCUCUUGGCCACAAGCAGUAUACUGGGCACUUUAGCCGUCACUGUCUUCUCCUAUUUCAAGAUCAUCUCCACGGUGAUGCACAUCCCCUCCACGACCGAGAGGCAGAAAGCUUUCUCCACCUGCGCUUCUCACCUCACCCUGAUCUCCAUCACCUACGGCAGCUGCAUUUUCAUGUAUGUCACGCCCACAUGGAGCAGCAGGCUGGACUUGAGCAGUGCUGUGGCUGUUCUUAACAACGUUGUGUCCCCUCUGCUCAACCCCUUCAUCUACAGCCUAAGGAACAAACAGGUGAAAGAGGCCUUGAGGGAUACACUCAGCCAGACCAUGGUAUUUUCUAAGAAUCCAAAGAUGUAA